CCUGACUGCGCAGGCGCAUGUUUUAGUGAGUUGUAGCGUUCCGACCGGACGGGUUGUUCUUCCUCCAGCCGGAGAGACGAAGUAGUUUAUAACACCUCUUUAAACCGCCUGCUCUGCUCCGACUACUGUCAAAUUACUCAGCCAUAUAGCAGCGGACUUCAUUAGUAUACACUCAACUUUUAAUAAUGCCUCGAGGCGGGAAAAGAGGCCACAAGGGCAGAGGGAAGCAAUUUAGCAACCCCGAGGAGAUUGACCGACAGAUGAAAGCGCAGAAAGAGUUGGAAGAAAAUCCCGGUGCAGAGAACAAGAGCGAUGCAGAUUCGGAGGAAGAGAGCAGCAGCGACGACGACGGUGAUAGGAAGAGAAGCGGAGUGGAGGGGCUUAUAGAGAUUGAGAAUCCCAACCGUGUGUCUCAGAAGAGCAAGAAGGUGACUGAAGUAGAUGUCACUGCUCCCAGAGAGCUGUCUCGCAGGGAGAGAGAAGAGAUAGAAAAGCAGAAAUCAAAGGAACGCUACAUGAAGCUCCAUUUGGAGGGGAAGACUGAGCAGGCCAGAGCCGAUCUGGCCAGACUGGCCAUCAUCAAGAAACAGAGAGAGGAUGCCGCCAAGAAGAGAGACGAUCUCAAGAAAGAUAAAGGUGGUGAAGACGCCAAAGCAAAGCGCUAGUCCUCCAUCUGCAAGCUACAACAUGCACUUCAGCCUCAGCGGGAUGGAGAGAGAAGGAGAUCUGGAGGAGGAGAACGGGGAGGGGGACCAAUACGAGUGGCAUCAGACCGGGGGUGCUUCUGAACUCCCGCCCGUCAUUUCAAAUCAGAGGGGCGUGGGUCGUCCAUAACGUUGUAGUCGGGACGGGGAAAACGGGUGGAUCAAAGCGAGAUGAAGAGGAAUGCGACAUUUGGGAUGCCUCCAGGUUUCUUCCUCAAGAGGAGACGAAUCGCAGGUUUUCCAAGUGCUUCACUGCCUCUUUUCUCCUCCCCACCCACCAGGGUUUUAAUUCUGAAGCUGCUGAAGUUAUUUCCAUUUCUUUUGAUUGAUUCAUACAUUUUUACAUGGUUACCUAAUCCGAGUUUACUUAAUGACUGGACAGCAAUUACAGUGAGCGUGCAUGGGGAUAUCUUUGGUGCUUUGCUUUUCCUUCCAUCUCGCCUGUUUUGAGGGCAAAUCAGUGACAGAUGGAGAAAAAGAACACUAUUCAGAGGAUAAACUGAUAUAUAGGAAUUAUACAAUGUAGUUUAGUAUUUGUGGAUAUGUUGCACAAAGACAUUGUUAUAUUUCUAAAGAUUUUAGUUUUUUUUCCCCAUCAUCCAAACAAGAAUAUUCUGCUUUUCCCACCAGCUUCUUUUUGUCCCGGUGUUGGUUUUGCCAUGUUUUGAUCCCCUUUUUUUUCAAUAAGAAAUUCACAGUUGGAAGAAUGAUCGGUCCUCCUACCACGACACGUCUAGAAAGUAGAAAAAUAUUUAGUUUCUUUCACUUUGUCAUAGCUCUUUUCCCCAAAUUUACACUUUGCUCACUUGAAUCAUCUUAUUGCUGUCAGUUCAAAAGUGUUUCAGAAUGUGUUUUGUAAGCACCUGUAAUAUUACUUGAAUUGCCUAUAAUAAGCAUUUUUAAGUGUCGAACAUCAGUGCUGGAAAGCAUCGUCUCAAACUGCCUCAGUAACUGUGGCCUUGCCCUGUGGUUCUAUAGGAGGGAUUGUGUCUUUUGUUGCCUCUUAAAAAGUUUACACUAGACCAGUUCACUGUCUUUCUCCUGUUAUUAAAGUCCUACAAAGAACCUACACUGAGUUAGUUUAUUAGGUACACUUAGAAGCUAAUAGAAUCCUUUACAUCAUUGCAAAUUACCACCAACAGUGUAAAGUAAAACGCCACAUUAUCUACGUCACAAAGAGAAGAUUUACUGCAGGGCAUUGGUAUUGUUUAGACUGCAAGUGUACGUGAUAAACUGGUAACUCAGUGUGUUGGCGAUUUGGAAAUGCCUUGAUCAGGAAAACAGUAUUCCCUAUAUCAUGACAAUAGCUUACAGAACAAACCGUUGAAACCACAAAGAGUGAGAAAUGUAGCCACAGCGUAAAAAUGAAUUCCUCAAGUUUUCCGACAUGUAUUUGAAGUCAUUUUUAAAAAAUAAAUUCAUUAAUAGAUAAAUAACUUUUA